GACUGAGCCUUUCUUUUUAUCACUAGAAAUACAAAUUUACAAUUUUCCCCUCUCUCUCCUCUCUUGCUCGCUUGUUGUGGACAGUUACUACUCUCUUUGUCGUGACACUGAGUUAAUUAUUAAAAAAAAAUUCAGAAUCAAGGCUUUGGUUUAAUAUUUUUCGCUUUUUUCCUUUGCAUGGGCCCCGUACUCUGCCAGGGCCAGCAAAACCAGCAGGGGUAUGCAACUACUUAUUAUUAAAUCUUAACCACGCAGCAAACCACCCAUGACUGCCCUCAUCAAAUCCCCCCUUCCCUUGCCUAAUUUUUUUUCCUUGUUACUCUCUAGUUUCCUUCUUUCUCAUGGCGGAGGCUUUAGACGACGGUGAAUUUUGGCUUCCGCCUCAGUUUUUAACUGACGAUGACUUGUGCAUGGACAAGAGUAAAGCUAAGAACGGUCCCGGGAAUCUCAAAGAUGGCUUUGGAUUUGAGUUUGAUGGUUCUAAGUCUUGUUUUCCCUACGAACUCCCUUCUGGGUUUGGGUCUUUUGGGUUCUCUUCGGAUGUAAGUUCUCCGGUUGAGUCCGUGGUGGGUUCUACCGAAACAGAGAGUGACGAAGAAGAUUACUUCGCUGGGUUAACUCGUCAAAUGGCUCGCUCUAGUCUCAAAGAUGAUUUUCGCCGAAAUGACCGCUCGUUUGCCUCUGAAAACUCCAAGGAUUGGGUCUUGUGCGGUUCCCCGGAAUCGACCCUAUGUGCAUUUAGGAGAGGUUGCGGUUGCAAGCAUGGGUCUAGCCAUGGAAGCCCAAACUGUCAAUCUCGAGUUUCAUCACCGCCAGGAACAUGGGUUCUGCUGUAUGCGGGGGCUGGUGAAGUAUCAGGGGUGCGAAUGAAUGAAGAAUCAUGCAGUGGAUUCAACAACAGAGGCCUUUUGGGUCAACCAGCCGGAAAACCCUCACCAAUUCACGAUGUUUCUGGCUUUUACCCUCCUCAACAGUCUCUUUCUAAUCAGAAGUUGCAGGCCACUCAAUUUCUGCAAAUGAAGCAAAAACAGCUAAUGAAACAACAAAACCCAUCGGUUUGGGGAGGACUGCAUCAGCAGCAGCACCAUGUGGUCCAAAACAGAGGGAAGAAUAGUAAUACUAAUAGGCCUUUGAGUUUGUCCCCAUCUGCAUGGCCCCCUCUGCAGCAGCAAUCCCAGCCGCAAAAUGGGUCGGGUAUGCGGGCUGUUUUCUUGGGCAACCCAACUGUUAAAAGGGAAUGUGCUGGAACUGGUGUUUUCUUGCCUCGGCGUAUUGGUACUCCUGAACCCCGCAAGAAGCCAGCUUGUUCUACUGUUUUGCUUCCAGCUAGAGUGGUUCAGUCCUUGAACUUGAAUCUUGAUGAGAUUAGUGCUCAACCCCAGCAUCAUCCUCGGUUUAACGCAAUUGUCACUGCUGAUAGUGAUGCUGCUUUGAGGCUUCGAAGUGGUGGGAAUGACUUUGCAAAUCAGAAGCAGGGCAAUUUUAUGCCACGGAAAGGAAUCUACCAUGAGGUCCGGUUACCUCAGGAGUGGACAUAUUGACUCACCUUUGUGUCUGUUGGUUGACUAAUGUCUGUUGGUUUUUUAUAAUUUUCUUUUUUGGGAGUUCCAUGAAAUGGGAAGGAAUUUUAAGCUUUAGAAAGAAGAAAGAAAAAGGGAAGUUGGUAGAGGGAAAAUAGUAGUGUAGUAUAGAGGUAUAGGUUUAAGAAAGACAAUGUGGUUUUUAAGAAGAUGAAAAUGAAAUGGUUUUUUGGGUUAGGUUAGAUGAAAAUAAAGAAUUUCUAGUGUCAGGAAAACUGAUGGGAUACAGCACAGCCAGCAGGUUUUGUUCAAUUUGGUUGGGCUGGGGAAAAACAGUAAGUUUGUGGGAAAUAUUCGAAGGGGUUACUCGUUUGUAAUAUGAAUUUCAGAGUGAAUAAUAAGUUACUGAAUUUUGUUGAGAAUGAAA